GACAGUUGCGAUACGAUUAAAAUUUUGUAAAGCGCGCAAACACGAACGAAUUAAAUAUUCAUUAGAUUUUUGUUUUCGUGAAUUUUCACGUUAUCCUAUCAGGAGAAAAAACUUGGUGUGAAAAAUAUCAAUCUAAAUUUGUGUCUUAAAAUGGAAUUCGAACCUCGUGCAAUUGUGAAUGGAUCGUUAUUGAAACGCCAUUCCGGACAACCAAUAAGCAUUCAUGUAUACGUAGAACGAGCAGAUAAGGACGGGCGUAGUUUCACAGCUCGAUCGACUGAUGGAAUUCCAAUUAAUGUGUUCUUGGGUGAGCCUUUGAGCAGUUUGUUGCACGGCUGGGUUGAGGUUAUUGGUAUGGCUGGUUCGAACGAUAGCGUUCGCUGCAAAGAAAUUAUCACCUACCAAGGAUCUGAAGGAGAGGAAGAAUUCGAUGUAGCAGGACACAAUAUGCUCUGCACGUUUCUGGCCAACUGCCGCGAAAUGUACCGGACGGGUUAAUUUCUUUAGUGAGUAAGUUUGAUUCAUGUUUUUUUUUGUUUAUUGGUUUAAAAAUAAAGAAUCCGUUCUGUAA